AUGGACGGAAUUCAGUUGCGCGAUGAGGCCGCGCAGGAUCGCGUGCGUGCUGCCACAGAGUUUCUUGAUCCUAGUGAUGCCCGAGCACGCAGCUACCGAGCCGAUAUUGUGGUGAUGCUCAAUCGGGGCCUGCGACGUCUUACUGUCAGCAUCGAUGAGAUCCGAGCUCACAACCGUGAACUAGCCGAUGGACUCCUAACAUCCCCAUUCGAUUACUCGCAAGCCUUUGACCGGGCAUUAAAAGAUGUCGUCAAGACUCUACCCAAUCGCUCCGAAAAGGAGAAGUCGGAAGAGACGGGCUACUAUUGUGCCUAUAUCGGAGCCUUCGGAGAAUUCUCUUGCAAUCCCCGUACUCUUGGAUCCAACCAACUGAACCGCAUGGUUUCCCUUGAGGGUAUUGUUACAAAAUGUUCCCUCGUUCGACCCAAGAUCAUCCAGAGUGUUCAUUACAGCGAGAAGAAGGACCGCUUCUUGGCCAGAAAGUACCGUGAUCAGACUAUGACCGCUAGUGGUGCUACUAGCUUGAAUGUUUAUCCCCAGGAAGAUGAAGAGAAGAAUCCGCUCAUCACCGAGUACGGUUACUCGACAUACAUGGACCACCAGUCGAUUUCGAUCCAAGAAAUGCCCGAACGAGCCCCUGCAGGUCAGCUGCCCCGAAGCGUCGACGUUAUUCUGGAUGACGACCUGGUCGAUAAAGCCAAGCCCGGAGACAGAAUUCAACUUGUCGGCAUUUACCGCACCCUUGGAAACCGAAAUGCAAGCUCUGGCUCAUCGACUUUUCGUACAAUUAUCAUGGCCAACAACAUCAUUCAACUCUCGUCGAAGAGUGGAGGUGGAAUUGCUCAGGCCACUAUCACCGAUACCGAUAUUCGAAACAUCAAUAAGAUUGCCAAGAAGAAGAACGUCUUUGAAUUGCUGUCCCAGUCACUUGCACCCAGUAUUCACGGACACGACUACAUCAAAAAGGCCAUUCUAUUGAUGCUUCUCGGCGGUAUGGAGAAGAACUUGGAUAACGGCACCCAUCUUCGUGGUGAUAUCAACAUUCUUAUGGUUGGUGAUCCUUCAACCGCCAAGUCUCAGCUUCUUCGUUUCGUGUUGAACACUGCUCCUCUCGCCAUUGCUACAACUGGUCGUGGCUCUUCGGGUGUAGGUUUGACAGCCGCGGUCACUUCUGAUAAAGAAACUGGUGAACGUCGCUUGGAGGCCGGUGCCAUGGUUCUGGGUGAUCGUGGUGUCGUCUGUAUUGAUGAAUUCGACAAAAUGAGUGACGUUGAUCGUGUUGCAAUCCACGAAGUCAUGGAACAGCAGACGGUCACCAUUGCUAAGGCUGGUAUCCACACCAGCUUGAAUGCUCGAUGCAGUGUUCUGGCUGCUGCCAAUCCUGUGUAUGGCCAAUAUGACCCGCACAAGGACCCGCACAAGAACAUCGCUUUGCCCGACUCUCUUCUUUCCCGUUUCGAUUUGCUCUUCGUCGUGACCGAUGAUAUCGAGGAUGCGAAGGACCGCACCGUGUCUGAGCAUGUACUCCGUAUGCAUCGCUACCGCCAGCCUGGAACGGAAGAGGGCGCCCCCGUUCGCGAGCAGCUUAACCAGACUUUGGGAGUCGGUAUUGAGGACCGCGCAGAUGCGAACCAACCAACCGAGGUUUUCGAGAAAUUUAAUGUCAUGCUUCACGGUGGCAUGGUGAACGCAGGCCGCAACCGUAACAAGAAUGUUGAGAUCAUCAGCAUUCCUUUCAUCAAGAAGUACAUCCAGUACGCCAAGUCGCGUGUCAAGCCUGUCUUGAGUAAGGGUGCGGCUGACCACAUCAUCGCCGCAUAUUCUGCUCUGCGAAACGACGACUUGGCCAGUACCCAGCGGCGCACCUCGCCCAUCACUCCGCGUACCCUUGAGACUCUGAUCCGUCUGUCCACCGCCCAUGCCAAAGCUCGUCUAUCGAACCGAGUUGAUGAGAAGGAUGCCAAACAUGCCGAAGCUAUUCUUCGAUUCGCUAUGUUCAAGGAAGUCCUGGAGGAUGGCCGUCGCAAGAGGCGCAAGGUGACCACAUUCGAUGAGGACUCUGAUGAUGAGAGCGAUCCCGACCUCGACGACGACGAUGACGAAACCCCUUUCCGUGGCACAUCCACUGCUACCCCCAGUCGGGGCACGGCACGAACUCGUGCUGCUGCCAGCUCUACUGUUCCAGACGAUGACCCAGACAGCCUCUACACAUCCAGUCCGCGGGCUCAGCGCACGCGGUCCAGCCAAGCAGCCCGAACCCAGACCCAGUCAGAGUCCCAGAUGUCCGUGGCAUCAUCACAGCCAGCAUCGCAGCUUGUUCAGUCACAGACCGAUGACUCGCAGUCGACGUCUUCCUCGGUUCAGCCGAUCACAGAAGCCCGCAUGCUCCUCUUCGGCAAGACUCUAGGUUCUCUGAUGGGCACCAAGCUUUUCGUUGAUGCUGACAUGGUCAAUGUCGACGAGCUGAUUGAAGCUGUCAACACUUCCAUCCGCUCAUCGCCGAGUCAUGGCGCUGCCCACGUCUUCUCGCGGCCCGAAGCUUUCAAGGCCUUGGAGGAAAUGAACAGGCAGAACCGUUUGAUGUUCCUCGAGGGCGACGACAACGUCUACCGUAUUUAA